UUUGGCUUUGGUUUGGUCUUGUCGUAUCAGGAGAAACUCAUGCCACUGGGCGCUGGACGCGAGCAUGUGUUGGAUGCCAUUUCAAGUUGCGAGCAACGACAGUUGGAUGCUCCAUGGAAGCUGUAUUUGCGCAAGGAACUCUUUGAUGCUUGGUAUGAUCCCGCCUUGGAUCCACAGGCCACGCAUCUCAUCUACAAACAAGUUGUGAAUGGCCUGAAAUGUGGAGAGUAUCGUUGUCGUUCCGAGAAGGACAUUGCCAUGGUCUGUGCUCUGGCCUGUUAUAUUGAACAUGGAACUGGAUCAGUGGGCACGUUGAAUGAGGAGGAAUUAACGGAGUUUGUACCAAGAGAUCUGUUAGCUCCCGGAGAACGUGCAGUGCACAAUUGGAGUCGUCUUAUUGCUGCGACCUAUGAACGCAGUGCCUACGUCAAGAAGGGACAGGAUGCACUUUCCCAGCAACGUGCUAAGGAGGAUAUCUGUCUGUUUGCCCAUCUCUCCUGGCCCAUGCGGCAUUCUCGACUCUACGAGGUGAUCCGCUUGUCGGGUCCAAAAUUGCAGAGUGAUGAACUGGUGUUGGCUGUCAAUGCCACAGGACUUUCGCUCAUCGAUGAAACGGAACAGGUGCUCGCCUCCUGCAGCUAUUCGGAGCUAUUAAAGGUGCAACAUGAGAGCCAAGAUCAGUUGCAUGUGCUCACCGUGCAGCACGAGAAUUUUGUGCUGCAGUGCAGCGAAGCUUUGGAUGCUGUAGAGCUUAUUGACUACAUGCUGCUUAAUCUGCGACAACGUUCUAGCUACGGUGUGGCCUUAGAUAGUUGUCAAACUGAAGAUCAGCAGGAGGAUCAGCUAAAGCUGUCACCUGGAGACCUAGUGCAGUUUGAGGCGGGCGUAACAGGCGCCCAGUUGAUGGCUGGAGAUGCCCAACGUCUCUGGCGUGGAACUGUCAAUGGACAAACUGGGGAAUUUACUGCUGGCAAUGUGCGUGUUUUGGCCACGUUAACCAGACCGAGUCUGGCACUUCAGCAGGUGUUCAAGGAGCGCUCAACUAUCGUCUCCGUGGAGUCCACUUCAAAAACCCUAGACAAACCCAUUGCACCCCGACGUCGUCAGCAUAGUCUUGCGCAAUUUGCUGAGCUGCAGUUUAGAGAGACGAUGGACUCGGAAAGCAUUCCACUUUGGAGAUAUUCCCCAGAGCCGUUAAAGGCUCCACUCCUCAAGUCUCUGCACUCCAAUCCGCAGCUCUAUCAACAGGCGAUGGUCAUCUAUCAUCAUAUACUUAAGUACAUGGGCGACAUAGUACGUGGCAAUUUGGCUGUAAAUACGGAUCUGAUCUUCCAGCCGGCUCUGCAGCAUCCUUUGCUCUGCGAUGAAGUCUUCUGCCAGCUAAUGAAGCAGCUGACUGGCAACACAAUGGAGGAGAGUGAACAGCGUGGAUGGGAUUUAUUGUAUUUGGCAACGGGAAUCAUGGCGCCCAGUGUGCUGAUCAUGCGUGAACUGAUUCUCCUGCUGCGCCUGCGAUCGGAUGCUCUGGCGGAUGCGUGUCUGAAGCGAUUAAAAAGGACCUUGCAAUAUGGCCAACGGAAACAGGCGCCUCAUUUGAUUGAAGUGGAGGGAAUUCAGCAGCGUUGCAUGCACAUCUAUCACAAGAUCUAUUUCCCGGAUGACACUGUGGAAGCCUUUGAGAUCGAAUCACAUACAAGAGGCGCAGCUCUCAUCUCGGACAUCACACGACGUUUGGAGAUCAAAUCUCAAUUGGGCUAUAGCAUUUUUCUGAAGAUUGGAGAAAAGGUUUACGCAAUGCUCGAAACGGAAUUUGUCUUCGAUUAUAUUACGGAACUCCUGCAUUAUCUGAGGCAACAGAAGACAAUCCGUUCCAGCUGCGAUGGACAUUAUCAGUUGCACUUCAUGCGCAAACUUUGGCUAGAUUGUCAGACCGGCGUUGACAUUAAUGCGGAUCUGAUCUUUACUUAUCCUCAAGAGUUGCUCAAGUAUCGCAAAGGUUACUAUGCUAUUGGCAUUGAGUUGGCCCUGCAGCUGGCCAAAUUAAUUUACAGCGCAGAUCAGGAUCGAGAUGAGGCUAUCCCUCUGCAGGAGUUAAUUCCCGAAGAUUUGUUGCUGCUUCAAACACUCGCUGAGUGGCAUCAACAGCUUUUACCUCUGCUGGAACAGUGCGCAAAUCUCGAUGAGGAUCAGUCAAAGUUAUUGUUCUUAGAGGAGCUUGCCAAGCAGCCUUGCUUCGGUUCCACUUUCUUUGCCGUGAAACAGUUGAACGAGGAAUCGCUUCCGGAGAAUCUAUUAAUUGCCAUCAACUUCCAGGGUUUCCAUCUGCUCGAUGGACUCAACAAGCAACUGCUGAGGAGUUACAGCUAUGCGGAGCUUGGAAUCUGGAGUGCCGGCAAGAAUCAUUUCCAUAUACGAUUUGGUAACAUGAUUGGCGCCUCAAAGCUGCUCUGCAGCACAACCCAAGGCUACAAAAUGGACGAUCUACUUACGUCCUACAUGACAUACUUUAAUGAACAUUCCCAAGCGUUAUAAAUACAUACAUACACGUAUAUAGAUGCCGUAAACUUGUUUAAUCUAAAUAGUGUUUUUAUUUCUAUUAGGAUUUUGAUUUUUCUAAGAUUAAACUUCCAUUUGCUUUGUCGAUCAAGCACUUUAAUACAGAAAACAUUAUAAAUAAAUAAAAAGGUAGC